ACCUGGGCCAUCCUCCACUGCACUCCCUGGCCACAGCAGAGAGCUGGCCUGGGAGAGGGGCAACCGGGACAGAAUCCGGCGCCCCGACCGGGACUAGAACCCGGUGUGCCGGCGCCGCUAGGCAGAGGAUUAGCCUAGUGAGCCGCGGCGCCGGCCUCUCUCCCUCUCUCUGUAAUUCUGCCUUUAAAAUAAAAUACAUAAAUCUUAAAAAAAAAAAGGUGUCUUACCAAUGUUCACAUUUCCAGUUCACUGCCUUUCCCAUCGUUCCACCUAAAGAUCAAGCAUCCUCCAGAAACUUGCGGUGAAAAAGGAAUAUGUGGCAAACAUUAAACACUGAGCUUAUUCCUGAACACACAUUUUAAUUGUGGGUCUUUAGGUGGAAGACUCCUUUGCCACAACAUGCUUGUCCAUGUUCAGAUACAGCUCAUGCGCACUGAGUACCACCAGAUACUUCCCAUAUACCAUUAGCUCAAGUCGUUCCCCAGUAUCUCCAUGCAGGAUAUUAUUUACUAUGUUAAUGAUAAAGACACUGAGGAUCAAAGAGAGCCGGUAAAUAGGCUCAAAAUCACAGAGCUUAAAUAUGGCAGCAAGAUAUCAAACCAGGUUCUCUUUGAUCCUCUGAUCCUCUAUCUUCUAUACAUGUCCAGAAAUGUUAGCCAUGCAGGACCCUUCUCCCAAAGACAUGAGCAAGUUCAUGGACUUUACCUGCAUGAGCCAGGCUCUGGGGCUGAACUACUGAGUAAUACAGUAGGGAAUGUCCAGUUUCUCCACAAGUGACAAAUACCCUUCCCACGGGGUAUCCACACAGAAACAUGUGAGUGAGUUUAAGUGGCUUGUGCUGCCCCACCUCCCCCUGCCAGGGCUUUGGUCACAGCUACAGCAUCUCCAAAUCUAUUUAAACCAACUUGCAGUAACUGGCAGCAAAGUAUCAUUCCCUGACAGGCUGAGCCUUGAGCCUCUGCAGACUUGGAAGAGGGAGUCAUUAGCUGAAACAUUCAGGAACCAGGGGUCCCACAGAGGUACGUAAUAAAUUCCAUCCAGAUGCUGGGGUUGUUUGCUAUUUCUUCUUCUCUUCUUUUCCCAUCACAUUCAAAGAGCCAACAAGCUAUUUCACCUUACCAAGCAAAAGAGAAAGAAUAUUACUUCCUCCAUUCCUGGGUAGGUCUGCACCAAAGAAUCGCGGGGGCCAACAGCACCUGGGUGACACUGGGCGGCGUCUGAUGAUCAGAGGGCACUUAGUUUGCAUGGCAGAAUUACCGGAUAGGUAGAUGGUGCUGCCAGCACUUCAGCAAAAUCCAAUUAGAGGCCUCCAAGUGCACUCAGUUUUACAGCUUCUGAACUAUUUCCAUGCUCUGUAGGCAGACCAAAUGUUUUGAAAUCCUUCAAGAAAACUAUGGCUGUGCAAAUUGAUUCCACAAAUGGCCAAACGUGCACCUUGCUCCGUUAGACAAGGAAAGCCAGACCUAGCCGUGAGUGCAAAUCUCCUGGCAUUGGAGCAGCCUGGAUGUGCUUUAUGGCUGACAGCGGGGUCAUCUGAUAACUCACAAAGUCUCCUCCGGCAGCCCAAGCUCUCCUAGGGUUAACUCUUGCUGUGGGGCUAGGAUGUGGAAAAACAGAUCUUCCCAAGCCGCAGCUGCAUUUGAAGCCCCCUUCACCCCACACCUGAGUUCCUGCCUCCUCUCCACAAGAGAAACCUGAGGAAAGACAGCCGGGCAGCUGAGAGGGAUUCUUUGAGGCAGUGGCUGCUUCUGACUCCAAGCUGUGGGCAUUGAGCUAGGAAGCGGUGCUGAGAGGAGCAGGAAUAAAUGAUACCGAGACAUGGAAGUCCAGGGAGGAGAGAAUCUUAUUUUCUCCCCCUCAUAAAGGCGCUUUGCAAAGUUCGUCUUUGAUCUGCAUCGGCCUCUCAGGAUGAAUGUCACUCGCCUGCUCCAGGCCACCCUGCUGGUCUUCCUGUGCUUCCUCACUGCCUAUAGCCACCUGGCACCCGAGGAGACACCCACUGAUGACCAGAGCCUGAGAAGCAACUCCUCCACGAACUUACUGGAAUUCUCUUCGGUCUCCAUUGUGGCGCUGAACAAGAAAUCCAAAGACAUCAGCAUAAAAGAAGCGGAGAAGAAGAAGAGAUCUUCCAAGAAGAAAGCUUCGAAGAAGAAGGUGGCGCGGCCCCGGCCCCUGCUGCCUGCGCCCUGCGUGGCCACCCGCGACAGCUGCAAGCCGCCGGCGCCUGUCUGCUGCGACCCGUGCGCCUCCUGCCAGUGCCGCUUCUUCCGCAGCGUCUGCACCUGCCGCGUGCUCAACCCCAACUGCUGAGCGUGCGCCUCCCGGACGCGGCGGGGGCGGGGGUCCGGGGCGGGGCUUGCGGGCGGGGCGCUUCUCGGGCGGCUUUUCUAGCAGGUGUGGCUUUGUGGGCGGGGCGGGGGCGGGGCUACUGGGAGUUGGGGCGGAGCUUUCAGGAGGCAGACUACUUGGCUACAGUCGAAAUACAGUGUUAUGUGAGCUACUC